AUACAACACUUACUCUCAGCUAUGAUGUACACAAUGUUUAGUUACUGAAUGAGAAAUACAGGCCUUAAUGGAAUGAAAAGAAAUGCUCAGAAGGAUAUUGUACGCUGCAUAUGUGAUUUCAAUCCUGGGAUAGGUGACUCAAUAUGCUGUGACAAAUGUUUUGUCUGGCAGCAUAUGCGGUGUAUGGGGGUGCACCCCAACAAAGUACCUAAGAUCUACGAGUGUGACAAGUGCAACCCCCGCCCACUUGACAAGGAAGCAGCAGUCCAGCUUCAGUUGCUUCUCCAAGAGGAGAGCAGCAGUUCAGAUGAUGAGGAAGAUCGGGCCCAGGCAGCUGUUCCGAGGAAGAGUAACAACCCUAAGCGCUCUCGUAAGGCCUCCUCUACUUCCAUCAAAUCGGAGGAAUCAAGUGCUGAUAUCGAUGACAGGUCGGAUUGCAGAAGGACAUACAAGGAAGUAAAGGAGAACAUGUACUCUCCCUCCAUCAAACACAGAUUGGAGCCCCGAACGGAGGGCCUACCCUCCUUUGGGGGUAGCCCCCCAGGGGUGCAGAGAGUACAACCCCAAGCAGCAGGCUACACCUCCCCUCGGAUACAGUACCCCGCCCCUCUUCACCUCCUUAACCAUGGUCCUUCUAAAAUAGUUGUUACUAAACACACUCUUAAACUUGGAGCCUUCAUAUCUGAUUUCAUGGGCCACUUCAAACAGCUUUCUGAAUAUUUCGAAGAGGUAGGAGGCAAAUCCACCCUCUACAAGCGACCCAUGAACUAUGUGCUCCACUACCCUCUACUUGAUAUUUGUGUCGACACCAGGGAGUAUGGUAACAUAGCCCGCUUUAUGCGACGAUCGUGUCAUCCAAACGCCCACGCUAAAUCAUAUCUACAAGAAGGCAAGCUGCACAUUGGAAUCUAUGCUCAGGAGCUCAUAGCUCCAAACUCGGAGAUCACUAUUGGGUUCAACUUCCCUGUGGAUCAUUAUCAGUACACUCAGACAUGUUCCUGUUCCAGCUCCAGCUGUCUGGUUACAAAGAAUAACGAGAGUCUGACAGUGCAAGCUACUAAGAAACCCUUCAGCAGGACCAACAGUAUGGACAGUACCCACAGUGAGGAAGCAGAGCAUAAGAAACACAGGCUGAGUCGGGAAGAAGUUAAGAUGCAAAGUUAUAUCCAGGUUAUAGAGAAGAUAGAGCGAGACGAGGAGAGGAAGAGAGUGCUGAGUGAGAAUCUUAAAUCCCCAACUCGUGAACCUGCCGACCCAACUGAAGAGUCUGGCACUCCUUCCAGAGGAAACAAGAGGCGUAGAAAGGGAAGCGGUAAAAAGGGGCGUAGAGCAUCAGGUAGCAGCGCCGCAGGGAAUAACGCAAGCACGACCAUCGCCAUCGCCACAACCAUUGCACCCGAACACUUUACCUUCGAACAAGACGGGGCGGUGAAGAGUUGUAAUAGUAGCCCUGCCAACAGCCCCAGAGUUCCUAAGCCUACCAUUCCUGCUUACACUAUUACUGAGCCGAUAUUAACACAGCAUCACGUACGUUGUAACGGGUAUGAGGCUGACAUACAACUCCGUCCUAUUAGUACAGCACCAACCUCCAGAACUAGGCACAACUUUCAGCUCAAGAACAGCACAUCGCACAUCACUCCCAUCAAAGUACAAAGAGAUGGGUUUAUAGUGCCAAUUCAUGGAUCUCUGAUCAACUGUAAACCAAAAAACAACAUCGCUGUUUACAAAACGUCGAAGAAACGUUGGUUAGAGACCUUCAUACAAGAGGGUGGUAGCAAGUGUAUGAGUCCAGCUGUUUCUCCGAGACAUUUGUAUUCUCCAACUCGUGAAAACAUCACUCCUGAAAAAGAGAUGAGUUCGCCGGCAUCACAGGUGGCGCUGAAAGAUACUGAGGGCCUGGAAGCGGCCACGCGCACCCUGAAUCUAUCGGACGAUACGUUACCUUCUAUUGAUACGACCCCUACGGAUCAAAUGGAUGUUACUAUUCCUCCUCCCAGUAUGCCUUCUACGAUUGAGUUCGAAUCGUCCGCACACACAUCUUUGGUUUCUUCUGAGUCUUGUCCUGCCAAUCUGAGUACUAUCGAAUCAAAUUCUGUUGCUAACACUGUAACUAUGGAGAAAAAGAAGCGUGUUUCUCUAGCAGACUAUCGAAAAAGACUCCAAUCUCGUUCCAGCAAAACACCCUCCACUCCAAGCGAAACCGAAUGUAAGAUAGAACCAGUUUCUCCAAAACCUCGCCCUGUUUUCGAACCCAUCAGCCCCGUGCCUCCUGAAAGUGCGGCCUCUCCUCAGAGCUCCCUUUUAGAAGAAUUCUCUCGUCCCAGUUUGUCAGAAACUCUAUCAGACGAAUCAAGUCAUCCAAGUAAGAUCAGAAAGAUCGAUUAUUCUAGCUCGCCCUCUGACAAAGUUAGCAGUGAAGUUCAAAGUAGCGAUUCAACUGAAAAGCCCGUCAACGGGGCUCCCCAUUCUUACGAAUCCCCCUCGCAUGCCCUCUCCCACGACACAUUUUCAAAAAUUAAAGAAAUCCUAUCUCAAAGUAAUCCAGGACUAAUGCCAUCAAGGAACUUGAAUGUUUCUUCGUUAAAAACUAACCUUACUAUGUAUGAUCCCAACGGCUCAACAGUAAAACAGUAUCAUCAGUUUCCAGGACAAUAUUCAGAAGAAAUGUAUUCGAGAGACACAAAACGGUUAAAACCAUCGGUUGGCCACUCAGAGUACCCUACAAAAUAUUAUAAAGAAAGUGAUAAAAGAUAGUGCCCACAAUUUCCAUCAGUAACUUGAUAUGAGUUAUUUUUAUAUAUUUUAUAAGAGUGUCUUAAUGUAAGGACAAGUGAUUGAUAUGAGGUUAGGUAUGUUGAUCUUAAAUGAAUGUUUGCGCAUAUUAGCUCGAAUGAAAGGUAUGCAAUUUUUUAAAUGCUCUGUCCCCAAUAUUAACCCCUUGACCCACUACAAUUUAAGCGACUUUUUCUCUGUGAUGUAAAGGUAUUCGUUAUCCUUGAUUAGGGCUAGGAAUAUUUGACCUAUACCAGGAACACAUUCGAAUGGUUAUUUCGACAUUUGUGGACAAAAACUGAAUUUCAAAAGUGUGAAAAACCACUGUUUGCGAGAAAAACGUUAAAAUCAGGAUUUGGGCAUUUUAUAAAGCUUUGCAGCAGGUUUAACUUGUUUGUAUAAGUCCUUGUGUAAUUAUGUUGAAAUUCGAUCAUGUUGAUUGAAUAAAAACAGCCUCACAGUUGUCAGUUGUGGAAAUUGGUUGUGCACUACUCCGUUCCAACUUGAUCAAAACAACAUACCGAAAUGUGUUUCUGGAGAAGAAUAGCAUGCUUUGACUUGAAUAGUGUCAUCACUUCUUAGUAAUGAUACUUCCCUCCGAAUUUCUUUUUCUGCUAUAUCAGAAUUUAAUCACUCCAUGAUCUUUCACCUUCAAAGAUUAAGUUUUCAUAUUUAUCUCGUAGUAGUCUUGAACACAGACUUCCCAAAGAUAGGCAGUCUGCAGUAUGAAAGCAUUUGCACAGCUACAGAAAAUUAGUUGCAAUUUCUUUAAAUAUUUACUUCCACAAUUUUUCCGCUGAAUAAAUUAAACAUUGCACAAUGUAAGGAUUCGCAUGUACCUCUUCUGCCAACCCAGCUACAAAUUUAAAGCUGUAAUAUUAUGCAAUUUUGCUGACGCGUGAUGCAAGUCGGUUUCUGAUCAGGCGAUGCGAUGUAAUGGAGUGAUUUAGCAUCUGAGCAGUUACAGACUAAUAAUAAACAUCGAAUGUAAAUAUUCUGUCUUAAAUCUAAAACUUUAUAACUGUUAAAUUUUAGGAAAGUAAUAGUUUCCAUU